AUGAAACCCUCGACUGUUCAGUCAUUAUUUCAUUCAAUUCUUAUUGAAGGAGAAGUAGUUGAAUUAGAUGAAGAGUGUAUUACAGAAAUAGAAGGAGAUGUCAAAAGUAAUUUUACAUGGAGUGGAAUUGAAGAAAUAAAAGAAGAAGAAGAAAAAGAAAAAGUAUUUGAAAAAAAAGAAAAAGAAGAAAAACAAAAAAAAGAAAAUUGGAAAAGUGAAAUUGAAUGGUUCAAUCAAAUAAUCGAAAGAAACGUCCAAUUAUAUGGAGGAGUUUUUUUAAAAAUUAAUGGAAAAGCAUUAGUUGAUGCAGAGUGGAUGAAUGGUAGUUUAAAAGUUUGUAAUGGAAAUGAAGGAAUGAUGUUAUUACAAGGUUCUGAAAGAGCACAAGAAUUAAUUGAAAAACACAGACAAGAAGGAAAGACUAAUGAAUUAGAAAUUCGAAAAUUUGAAGAGAUUCGAAUUUCUGAUGAGUUUAGAUGUUUUGUAGUUCAUAAAGAACUAAUUAUUAUUUCACAAAGAUAUAAUGAUGCGUAUGAAGUUAAAAUUCAAGAAAGAAAGAAAGAAAUUAUAAAGAAAGUUAAUGAAUUAUUUGAAAUUAUUAAAAAUCAUCAUUUUUCUGAUAGUUAUACUUUCGAUGUUGUUAUUAAUAACAAAAUAAAAGUAAUUGGAUUUGAUGAAAUGAAUGAACGUAGUUUUGAAGGAAUGACUUUUAAUAAAGAAGAACUUAUGUUAAAUGCUAAAGAUAUUAAUGUUGUUAAACCUUUAUUAAAAUUUGUAGAAGAUUCACAACAUAUCAUUCCUACUGUAAAACAAUUUUAUGGAAUACCUGAAGAAUUUUAUGAUGAAAAAGUAUUAAAUACAUUCCUCACAAAUCCUUCAAAAUUAACUUCUUUUUAUUAUUUAGGUUUAAACUGCGAAUUUUUAAAAUUAAACAAUUCUAAAAUUAACUUUGAGUUUUUAAUAUUAAAUGAACUGAUUCAUUUUAUAACUUUUCAGUUUUAA